UUCGCGCUGUCGUCUUUGUUCGGGGGCCGGACCAGAUGAGAUGGGCAGAAUGGCAGAUCCGCACGCAGCGUAUAUCGAACUGCCACCACCUCCCCUUGCCCCGCGCCCGCGACUCCCCACUCUCCUUCCACUGCAGCACCCUGGUGUAGUGUUGGUGGCAUCUCAGCUCCGAUCGUCUGCGACUCCCCUGCUCCACGCCGUCUCCCUGUCCGCUUAAUUUCACUAUGUCCGGAAUGCCAUCUGAUGAUGCAAGUGCUCAAAUGAGGCUUGAAGGAGAAGUUUCUGGCGAAAAGGUAGAAGACACUCAAGAUGAGAAUGAAGGCAGUGGCAUGCCCUCUCCACAAGAGGAGGAGGCAGCAAUCAAGAAAAAAUAUGGAGGAAAAAUGCCCAAAAAAUCGCCACUUAUAUCGAAGGACCAUGAGCGGGCUUUCUUUGAUUCUGCUGAUUGGGCUUUAGGAAAGCAAGGUGGAAGUCCCAACAAGCCUAAAGGGCCCCUUGAAGCUCUUCGACCAAAACUCCAGCCUACUCAACAAAAUGCUCGUGCCCGCCGAUCUUCCUAUGCAUCUGCAGACAAUGAUGAGAGUUUGAGUUUGCCUGCCGAGGAGCUGAUCCAGAAUGAUGAUCCAACUGAAGACAAGAACAAGGAAUAAGUAUAAUGUGCAUCGUGCUUUUUAUAUGGAAAAAUCGCGGUUCUGCUGUCAUGAUACCAAAACUGUGCCUUGUUAAAUAACUAGCACCGGUACUUAUAGCAUGCCUGAGGUUGAGCUCUGCAGUUUUAGCUGCGGUAUAUCUGGCUUCUUCCACAUUCAGCUAUGCCUGAACCAGCUAGGAAUGAACAUUUCAUGAUGGUGGUGUUGUAGUGCCGGAUGUCUAAGAAGAAAAUAAUAACAAUGAAACUUCAGAUCUUAA